AUGGAAUUAUACUACGGAUUUUACUCGGAGAAUAAUGUAUGUUGCGAUGCGACGGUGACAUUGUCUUGUAUGGGAGAGGAUGCAGGCAGGACAGAAAUGCCAGAGGGAUUAAGUGGAGGCUAUGAUGAUGAUGAGUGCGAGGAUAUGAUUGUUGAUUUUAACAUGGGUUCGUUGGAAGCUAUGAAUCUCAAGACAUGGCAGAUGAUGGUGGAGGUAGCAGAUAAGUUAGAGAGGUUAUAA